GUGCUAAAGUACAGUAGUUAGCUGCCGUGCAGAUCAACAAGCCACUAUUUUGGAAGCAGUUUGACAAACAGUCACUGUUCACCAUUUGAUGUCAGUCGCUAUCUGCGUUUCCAGCGAGACGUAUCACGCGCUAUCAGCGAUAAACCAGCACAAAACUAGCCAGCCACUUAGCCCCGAACCUAUAAGGUUGGACGACAUCGUCGGUCGAACUUUAAGACAGCUAGCUCCUUUUUUAUAUUCAUUUCACAUCAGGCAAGUGUGACAACUGCACUGGCUAACGCUCUUUUUUCACUGGCUGAAGCUUUACAAUAUACAACCGAGCUAGCAACAACUUUCCAUCGUUUAUUUGGCAACUUGUCAUUAGCGCUAACGUUAGCCAAUUUUAUUUUUUCGCCAAAUAGAACGGACUAUUUUUAUUUGUGAUCAGCCCUUCGUUUUAUCUUUGUUAACAAGCCGUUUUUUUCUCGAAGAGCUGCCAAGAAAAUCAACGAUAUUUAGCUAACGGUUUGGUUUAAAGCGGUGCAAAGUAAUUUUAGCUGUUGUAGAAGUGUUAGCCUUGUCUCGCCAGCUAAAUCCAAACCUUACUUGCACCAUUAUUUCUUUUUAAAAUAGUCAUCAAGAGACUAGUUUGGCUUUUUAAAUUGGUCGCCGUGGUAUCCACGACCUUUAACUUUUAAAUAUCCCGACUAAUAGACUGCAGAAGCAACUCUCUACCGUUACGUUUCGCCUUUUAAAAAUAAUAAGUGACAGGACAGCGAGCUACUGAGGGUUUAAAGCAGUGCCAGUGGUAGGACCUGAAGCAGGUUGUGUACAGUCACGGAAUCCCUCAUCGGAUUGUUAUAUUAUCAGUGUUAUUGUUGAAAAUGGCGGCGAUCGGAAUGGUGCAGAUGUUGAUCGAAGCAGCCGAGUACCUUGAUCGCAGGGAACGAGAAGCUGAACACGGUUAUGCCUCCAUGCCGCCCUUCAUCAGCAGUCGAGAGAGGGAAAACUUGAAAAGGAAAAGCAAAAGCAAGAAAAACACAAGUAGCAGGUCUACGCACAAUGAAAUGGAAAAGAACAGACGGGCACAUCUACGGCUGUGCUUAGAACGCUUGAAAUCCCUCGUUCCCUUGGGACCAGAUGCAAACAGGCACACCACCCUCAGCCUGCUGAUGAAGGCCAAAGAUCACAUCAAGAGGUUGGAGGAGAGCGAUAGGAGAGCUCAGCACACCGUAGAGCAGCUACAGCGGGAGCAGAGACACCUGAGGAGGCGUCUGGAGCAGCUGGGGGUGGAGAGGACCCGCAUGGAUAGCACCGGCUCCACUCGCUCCUCUGACAAUCCCGACUCUGAUCAGGAGGACCUGGACGUGGACGUGGAGGGGACGGACUACCUGCUGGGUGAUCUGGAAUGGAGCACCAGCAGUGUGAGCGACUCAGGGGACGAGCGCGGCAGCCUGCGCAGCAGCUGUAGUGAUGAGGGCUACUCCAGCGCCAGCCUGCUGCGCCUGCAGGACACUCAGGAGAGGGCCAAGCAGCUGGGCUGCAGCCUAUAAACAGCACUGGUCACUGACCCAACACCCACGUCCUCCCCUCAGCCAAUCCCGUCCCAACAUUGUCUCACCACUCCUUGGUCCUGCUCAGACUCACCGCCCCCUCCCUCCCCAUCAGGAGUGACCAAGCCUGAGGCCUCUCUUCCAGCCAGGCCUCGCACGGUGGCUUCCAUUCAGACUGCGACCUCUCUGAGACACCCACACAUCCAGCCCAUCAUCAGCGGUCAGUCUUUAAGGGUGUCACCCGCUCUGCUCUGCACCAAUCAAACGAGUGGGAUUUUAAAGACACUCCACCCCCUCCGUCCGUCAGAAACACAACUGUCAGCCAGAGAAUGUUACCACACAAUGUCCCACUGCCUCUUUUUCUAUGCCUCAAGAGCCAUGGGAAGCACUUUUCACCCUUUCUUCACACACACGCAUACAUUAGCACACACAUGCACACACCCCUCCAUCCCGACUAGUUGUCCAGUGAGACCUUCCAAAGGUGUGACACACUGACAUGAUGUGGGGCUUUUUUUCUGCCCCGCUCACCAGUCAACCAUCUGUGCAUGGUACUUUGCACUUAAAAUUGCUUUUGUAAACAAAACUGUGUCAUCUUUUUCAAACACUGUCUCCUAAUAACUAAAGGCCCCUGCUGCAGCUAUGGCAGUUAUCAGACGAAAUGAGUGUUUGAAAAACAUGUCAGUCUGCUGACUCUGCGGACACUAAACUAGACUGUGCGUGGUGUUAAACUGUCGGGGCCGACAGCAAUACGUCCCUUAGUACCCAGGCUUUGGCAGGCAGACUCGCAACUACCCUGUAAUUUUCUGUCCACACCUGCCAUUCAGAGGAACACGUAACAGAAAAACAUACAAAAAAAAAAUCGUGCAGCAUGAGAUUGUGAAUGGGGAGCUCGGGGAGGGUAUGGGGGUGGGUUUGAUGUUUUCUGCCUCUCUCUGAUGACGGUGGCGUUUUUACAGCAUCCUUUUCUCAUAUGUGUGUAUGUCAUGUCUGAGCCUGGCGAUAACGGCGGCCACUAGCAGAUUUGGAAACUUUUAACACCAGCCACCAGGCCGAAUGCUGGUAUAUUUUCGCAGGUGCUGGUACGUUUUUGUACACUACUCCUUCACUGCCCCGUUCACCAGGUAUUAGAGCUGAUCUACUGAGAGCAGUCGAAAGACUGGAGCACAUUCCACUAUGUAGAGCAGACAGGCAGGUGAGACUGAGAGCAUUAUUUUUUGUGAGUGGAUGUUCCUAAAAAUUAUUUAUGAAGGGAGAGGAGUUCAGUUUGAGUUGAGGCGAGUCACCCUGAAACAGAACAAGUGGCUUUGGCUUUUCAAUUGGAACACAAGGCUGAAUCUUUCUCUGUGUGUUCACAUCUGAAAAGCUCUAAAAUGUUAAAACCACAGAUUUUCUCUCUUUUGCCUUGCCUUCAUAGCUAUUUAUUGUCUCUGCAAAAAUGUAAACCUUUUAAUGUAAAUAGUUUACAGAAAGAUCUCUAUGUCUAUCAGCAAAUGUAUUUAUUAGAUUUACUAAAUAUAUAAAUAUAUAAAAAAUAUAUUUAAUUAGUCAUAGCUUAUGUUCUUCUUGUGAGGUUUAUUGAGAGUUUCUUAUAUGUAGUUUGUUUGCACAGCAUAGUCAGUCCAUAGAGUGCUUAGAACUGUCUCUUGUGCCUCGAGGCUUUUGUGUCUGUUGAAUUCGACACGGUGCUCCUAGGAAAUGAAGUGUUUUAUUUGUGGUUGAUUCUAACUUUUACCUGUUUUCAAAGCCAUCCCACCCUUUGAAAUGAAGGAAUAUAAGACAAAAAAAUCUGAAUAACUUGUAAAAACGUGAAUUAAAAAGUAUAAAAGCGAGAGGAGCCGGUGGCCAGGCUGAGUGCGGCGAUGAUUCCUCUGGCAAAGCUGUGUUGCCUGCGUGCCCCGUUCCCGUGCAGAGGAACCUCAGACAAAAUGACCGCUCGGCCUCUGGAGAUCUCAGCCCUUCACGCGGUUUCAGAAUCAUCACGGGCAGGGAGAGGAUCGCAGAUUGUUGAAUGUAGACGUCCUCAAACCCUGCAGUGUAGCAGCACGGUGCCAAAGGAAGCUCCCUGCCUGCUCGUGCAUGCGCCACUUGCAAAUCUCAGUUAAAGCAUGAAGAUGGUACACCAAAAAAAUUUUAAAAACCUACAUAAGAAAAAGAAAACCGGAAAAAUAGAUAUAGGCUUGUUCAGUCUUUUAAGUGUGGAAUGUCGCUUACCUUUGUCAAGUUGAAACCUCUUCAAACGGAGAAGAAGUGUGUAGCCACGCUUACAGGGGAAAUGUAUUGAAAAGAAGGUGUGUGUGGGCAGGUGUGUUCACUGAAAUGCCAUCUGUCUGUGCGUGCAUGUGUGUACAGUAUGCAAGUGUGUGUGUGUGUGUGUGUGGUUAUUUCGUCACUGUCUUCAGAGAGAAAUUUUUGGGGUGGUUCCAGGGUGGGUGGGUUAAAAAGACAAAUUGUUAGGCUCUGUUUCUGUUCUGGUUUCCUGUUCAUUUGUUUACUAGUAAAAUGCAAAAAAAAAAAAAAAGUCCACUUGUCAACGACUUCAUGUAUUAAUCUGAGCAUUAAUGUCUGUCUACGAGAGUCACACGUUUCCUCCUUUCUUUCCUCCAUCCAUGGCCUCUUAUCUGUCUUCCACCAAUCUACCUGUGUGUGUGUGUGUGUGUGUGUGUGUGUGUGUGUGUGUGUGUGUGUGUGUGUGUGUGUGUGUGUGUGUGUGUGUGUGUGUGUGUGUGUGUGUGUGUGUGUGUGUGUGUGUGUGUGUGUGUGUGUGUGUGUGUGUGUGUGUGUGUACUUGUUUCUGCUAUACCGGUGGGGACUUUGACCUGACUAUUUGCUAUAAAGGUGGGGACUUGUCUUACGGUGGGGACCUAAAAUGAGGUCCCCACGGGUGGCAACACCGUUUUCUUGGCCAUAUUGUUGUUAAUAAAAAAAUGUAAAAGUGCAAAAACGUUUGUUUAGGGUUCGGCAUUGAUUUGGUGAUGGUUAAGGUUAGGGUAAGGGUUAGGAGUUAGAUAUGAAUGGGAGUCAAUGGUAAGUCCCCACCGGUAUAGAAAAAGAAACGUGUGUGUGUGUGUGUGUCUAUACCGGUGGGGACGACAACCUGACUGUUUGCUAUAUAGGUGGGGACCUAAAAUGAGGUCCCCACAGGUGGCAACAGCAUUUUCUUGGCCAUGUUGUUGUUAAUAAAAAAUGUAAAAGAGCAAAAACGUUUCUUUAGGGUUAGGCAUUGUUUUGGUCUGGGUUAGGGUAGGGGUUAGAUAUGAAUGGGAGUCAAUGGUAAGUCCCCACAAUGAUAGCAAGACAGACGUGUGUGUGUGUGCGUGCGCAUUUCCUGUAUGCGUGCUUGUGUUUGCCAAGCGACCAUGUGUGAGUGUGACUCCCUCCUCCACAUGCUGCAUUGGCAUCCAUGGUGCAGGGAGAUGGGUGGGUGUGUGUGAUGGAGCAGCAGCAGUGUAUUCUGUGUGUCUGAUCACAUGCAACUUAUUGCUCCCUCCUUCCUCACCCCCCAAUACAAAGACCCUGGUGCUCUCAGCAUCUGCCUUAAGAAGCAGGUGUGGAAUCUCUCAAAGAACAAGACUAUAGUCAGACCAGUUGUUUAAGCUACAGCUUCCAGCAUCAGGGGAAACUCAUGUUCCUGUGUAUAUUUGGGUUUUGCACGUUUUGUCCCUGCAUACAAAGUGGCUAAUAAUGCCUUAAAACAGACACAAAUGUACGACCUAGCAGAAGUAUAUGAUUUGUAUGAGUGUUUAUGAAAUAUCGACAUGUAUCACAAAGGUCAUUCCUUUUCAUUGUGACGGUCUCAGGCAUGGUGCUUUCAUGCAUUUAUACACAAAACACAUACAAACACACUGCAUCAUAGCUCCAUGAACAUCGUCAUCACCUGCCGCCUUUCUCCUUGGAAAGGUCAAAUGUCUAUUUGCUGACUAAAAACAUUAACGUUUUGUGCACUUACUUUUUAAGAAUUGGAGAAUUUGGACACUGUCUUCUAAAUAAAUCACUUCAAAUGUGGGAGAAAACCCUUUGACAAUGAAUUGUGGAGCAGCAAUUUAUAUUUGCCAGUGACAUUAAGGGAAUAAAACAUUUGAAACCCUUGUUUACCUACCUA